CUGAUCGUUCAGUAGUUAUUCUGUGGUGCUCAUUCUCCUAUCUCUAUAUCUCUACCCUACACUCAAAUAUGUGCGAAGAAGUAAAACAAAUUCGAGUUUAUUUAAAAGAUAAACUUCUAAAUAAUAAUGUACUGUUAUGUCUAGAAAAUGAAAGAACACAAUUGGCAGAUUUGUUAUUGAAAACUUUAGACUAUGGAGAGUCAAAUUCUAUUUUAAUUAUUGGUUCUAUAGGGGUAGGCAAAACGAGGCUAGUAAACAGUGUUAUUAAUGAAUUGUCAGAAAAGGGCAAGUUUAGAACUGAUAGUUUACUGGUAAAAUUACAUGGUUUAGUUCACACUGAUGAUAAACUUGCCUUAAAAAGUAUCACGUUUCAAAUGAAAUUAGACAAUGCAGUGGACGGCAAAGUUUUCGGUAGUUUUGCAGAAAAUUUAGUUUUUCUUCUAGGAUGCUUAAGGGGAGGCGAAAAGCGCUGCUCCAAGAGUGUGAUAUUUGUUCUAGAAGAUUUUGAUUUAUUCUGUGCUCAUCAUAAUCAAACAUUACUUUAUAACUUAUUUGAUAUUUCACAAAGUGCUCAAACACCCAUUUGUGUUCUAGGUAUCACGUGCCGCCUGGAUGUUAUUCAGCUAUUAGAAAAACGUGUAAAAUCUCGGUUUUCCCACAGGCAAAUGUUUAUCUACCCUGGACCAGAAGACGAGAGUAAAAUUAAUCAAUUAGAUUCUGUUUUAGUACAUAUAAAAUGGUAUUUGGAAAUACCUUAUAAAGCUAGGAUAAAAAUCAGUGAAAACAGACGUAAAGAGUGGAAUCAGGCUCUAGAUUUGCUGCUUAAAGAUAAAAAGUUUAAAAAUAUUAUUCAAAGAUUGAUAGAUUUAGAAUUAAAUUUUAAUUCCAUAAAGCAUUUUUUGCUAAAAUGCAUAUGUUUAUUAUCAAAUAAUAUAUCAUUUUCAGUGGUGUUAUUUGAAAAUGAAUUAAAUCUUUUGGAGAAGGAUGAAAUAAUUAACACAUUAAGAGAUCUAAGUGUUUUAGAAUUAUGUCUGAUAAUUGCUAUGAAGCACCACUGUGAUAUAUACGAUAAUCAGCCCAUGAACUUCGAAAUGGUGUACAAUAGAUAUGUUAAAUUUGCAAACAAGCAUGCUAGUAUACAAACUAUUCAAAGGCCGGUUGUCAUGAAGGCAUUUGAACACAUUGAGAAUCUGGAGCUGAUCUCAUUAAUCAAUUGUGGAAAUUCCAGAGUCCAGAAGGAGUAUCAGUUUUUUAAAUUGAUGGUAACAUCUCAACAGUUAUCAGAAGCUAUUGGAAAAUUUUGUGGAUUGCCUACAGAAGUAUUGCAAUGGGCAAACAGUUCAUUAACUUAAUAUUAUAUUACAAAUUACAUUAUAGUUUAAUUUUUU